CACGCCUGGAGCGCGGGCUUUGAUCGGACCGCCGUUGUUGUAGUGACCGGGAGGCGCCGGCGCUCGGGGCUGACGGUUCCGGGCGCCGCACGGUCCCCCCUGGUCCCGCCCCUCCCUGGCUCCCGCGGGGCCCCGGAGCUGCCCGCUGCCCCCAUGGCCUCCGCCCCGGAGGACCCGAUUCUGGAACGUUAUUUUAAAGGCCACAAAGCUGCGAUCACCUCCGUGGACUUCAACCCCAACUGCAAACAACUGGCCACUGCUUCUUGGGACACCUUUCUCAUGCUAUGGAGUUUGAAGCCAAACACUAGAGCUUACAGAUAUGUGGGCCACAAGGACGUCGUGACCAGCGUGCAGUUUUCUCCACAAGGAAACUUACUAGCCUCUGCUUCACGAGACAGAACUGUUAGGCUCUGGGUCCCUGAUAGGAGAGGGAAGUCCUCUGAAUUCAAAGCACACACGGCUCCAGUUCGAAGUGUGGACUUUUCAGCUGAUGGCCAACUUCUGGUUACGGCUUCUGAAGACAAAUCGAUUAAAAUAUGGAACAUGUACCGCCAGCGCUUCCUCUACUCUCUGUACCGACACACACACUGGGUACGCUGUGCCAAAUUCUCACCUGAAGGAAGAUUAAUCGUGUCGUGUAGUGAGGAUAAAACUAUUAAAAUUUGGGAUACUGCAAGUAAGCAGUGUGUUAAUAACUUCUCGGAUUCUGUGGGAUUUGCAAAUUUUGUGGACUUUAGCCCUAAUGGUACAUGCAUAGCUUCAGCAGGUUCCGAUCACACUGUGAAAAUCUGGGAUAUAAGAGUGAACAAGUUACUCCAGCACUAUCAAGUUCACAGCUGCGGUGUGAACUGUCUGUCAUUCCACCCUUUGGGUAACAGCCUGGUCACAGCCUCCUCUGAUGGAACACUCAAGAUUCUGGACCUCGUGGAGGGAAGACUCAUAUACACACUCCAAGGACAUACGGGUCCUGUCUCUACUGUUACAUUUUCAAAGGAUGGAGAACUGUUCACAUCAGGAGGUGCAGAUGCCCAGGUCUUGUUAUGGAGGACUAACUUUAAUCAAUUGCACUGUAAAGACCCUAAUAAAAGAAACCUCAAAAGAUUGCAUUUUGAGUCCUCACCACACCUUCUCGACAUCUACCCUCGAUCACCGCAUCCCCAUGAAGAGAAAAAGGAGAUUAUUGAAAUAAAUCCAAAACUUGAGGUAAUGGAUUUGCAGAGUUCUUCUCCCCCUGUUGUGGAUGUCUUUUCUUUUGAUUCUACCACAACGACGGAUUCCACUAGCCGAGCUGCGCCUGAGAAGGGUGAAGACAUUUCUGGGUAUUUCUUGAACCCUUCCUUAAUACCAGACUGCGCAUCAACAACUGUGAAGAAGAAAGCAGAAGACUUAAAUGACCUUCCCUUUGACAGCCAAAGAAGUGUACCUCUUGCUGUGACUGAUGCCCUAGAACACAUCAUGGAACAGCUCAAUGUUUUAACACAGACCGUUUCAAUUCUGGAGCAGCGGCUGACUUUGACCGAAGAUAAGCUGAAAGGCUGCCUUGAGAAUCAGCAAAAGCUUUUCAGUGUCAUCCAGCAGAGAACUUGACCAAGAGAGUGUGUGAGCACAGGCCAAUAAACGAAGAAGUGUUCACACGGUCGGGCAGGUAGCAGAGGCGGUCCACCCCCCCACCAUGCACUCAUUACCACAGCUUCUUCAGAGGGCGAGUAACAGAGCAAGAGGUCAAAGUCAUUUUUCUAAGAGCUAACUUAAACACAUGAAUCAAUGUCAAGGAUCAAUUUAAGCGCCUCCCAGUUAUAAUUGCACUAAUAAAGUUAUAAAUGCAUUUAAAUCCCCCAGCCCCAUAAUAUUUGAAAUGUCAGGUUUUAUAUAAAGUGCAAAGCCCCACCAGGAAAGCAACCAGACCUCUAGAUUUCAUUGUUAAAUCAUUUCAGAUUGACCAUGUCCAGGCAAUUUCUGAAGAUAAUGAAUGUAAUUCUUAGGUGAACACACCCUCCAUGUGAAAUAAUUCACUUCCUUUCAAACAGCAUCUUACAUGGAGGGAAUGUGUUAUUGAGCCACCCCGUAUUUCUUUCAGGCCAGAAAAACUGCUUUGAGAAGGUACUCACAGAGACUAUCCACAGCAAGAGGGAGCUUAGUUAGGAGCUGGGCACACAUAACAGAGCAGGAGUUUUCCUCAUUUUCCGGGAGAAGCACAGGAGGCUUGAGUUACAGACGAACACACUGAGUGGUCUAGGUCAUACUGAACUUUGUGAUUAAAGUUCACAGAGAUUAUGUUUGUGUGAUUCCAGUGUGUUAAAAAGCCAAAAUGAUAAAAAAAUAUAUACUCACGUAUAUAUAUGAAUCAUGUAUAUUAUUACUUAGGGCAGUGCUGGUGGCUGACUAAGUCUAUUUUUAUUUU